AUGCAAAAAGUAGGCAAAGUAGCUCACUUGAAACCUAUACAAAUUAAUUUAACUAACUCUAAACCUAGUAUUGAAGCCAUCAAAGUUGAAUUAACUACUACUAUUGAAUUGCAAUCUAUUUACUACUUAUAUAGCCAAGCACUUUGUAACAAACUUCCUAAAGUAAUUUUUAGCCAACCUUCUAAUCUAUCAUUACUUUAA